CGCUCUUUCCCAUUUUCCCCACAUUUUCACCUUUUCUCAGAGAACACUCAUUUCUUCUCCGCCAACCUUCAGAUCGUGAAAACAUGAGGGAGAUUCUUCACAUCCAGGGAGGGCAAUGCGGGAACCAGAUCGGAGCCAAGUUCUGGGAAGUUGUGUGCGCAGAGCACGGUAUCGACGCGACUGGGAGGUACCAUGGCGACUCAGAACUUCAGCUUGAGCGGUUGAAUGUAUACUACAACGAAGCUAGUUGUGGGCGGUACGUGCCUCGUGCGGUCCUUAUGGAUCUGGAGCCUGGUACCAUGGAUAGUGUUAGAUCGGGGCCCUAUGGGCAGAUCUUCCGCCCGGACAACUUUGUCUUUGGACAGUCUGGUGCUGGGAAUAACUGGGCGAAGGGUCACUACACGGAGGGCGCUGAGCUCAUCGAUUCGGUUCUUGAUGUGGUCAGGAAGGAAGCUGAGAACUGUGAUUGCUUGCAGGGGUUCCAGGUCUGCCACUCGCUUGGAGGUGGAACCGGCUCCGGCAUGGGGACGCUACUCAUAUCCAAGAUCAGAGAAGAGUAUCCGGAUCGAAUGAUGCUUACCUUCUCUGUCUUUCCUUCCCCAAAGGUUUCUGACACUGUUGUUGAACCAUAUAACGCCACCCUCUCUGUCCACCAGCUGGUAGAAAAUGCAGAUGAGUGCAUGGUUCUUGACAAUGAAGCCCUCUAUGACAUCUGCUUCCGCACUCUCAAGCUCAGCACACCUAGCUUUGGUGAUCUUAAUCACUUGAUCUCUACAACCAUGAGUGGAGUCACCUGCUGCCUUCGAUUCCCAGGGCAACUCAACUCCGACCUUCGAAAACUCGCAGUCAAUUUGAUCCCGUUCCCCCGCCUCCAUUUCUUCAUGGUUGGUUUUGCACCCCUGACAUCUCGCGGGUCUCAGCAAUACAGGGCCCUCACAGUUCCUGAGCUCACCCAACAGAUGUGGGAUGCAAAGAACAUGAUGUGCGCCGCCGAUCCCCGCCACGGCCGCUACCUCACCGCCUCAGCAAUGUUCAGAGGCAAAAUGAGCACAAAAGAGGUGGACGAGCAGAUGAUCAAUGUGCAGAACAAGAACUCAUCGUAUUUCGUCGAGUGGAUCCCAAACAACGUGAAGUCUACCGUCUGCGAUAUACCUCCAACCGGGCUGAAGAUGGCGUCGACGUUCAUAGGGAAUUCAACGUCGAUCCAGGAGAUGUUUCGUCGUGUGAGCGAGCAAUUCACGGCGAUGUUUCGCCGGAAGGCGUUUCUGCACUGGUACACCGGCGAAGGCAUGGACGAAAUGGAGUUCACAGAGGCGGAGAGUAAUAUGAAUGAUUUGGUGUCGGAAUACCAGCAGUAUCAGGAUGCGACAGCUGAGGAUGAGGAGGGAGAGUAUGAGGAAGAAGAAGAAGGAGAAUAUAACCAGGAGGCUUGAUUGAGAGACUCUCAGGUCUCAGCUUCCUUAUCGUAUCACUAGACUCUACUAUAUUUUCUGUUGACGCUUCUGUGUUUGAUUUUUAUUUUUCUGUUGAAAAAGUUUUAUCUUGGAGUUUUGGAUGUAGCAGUAGCUUGCUGUUGAUGAUGGAUCAUUGGAUUUUAGUAUUUUACUGAACUGCUCAUCUUUUAUAAUGUUUCUUUGUUAUUUUGUUUUUGA